AUGGAUGUACUCUGCCGGCUCAUCAACAGCCUGUAUCCUAAGGGCCAGGGACCCGUGGCCAAGAUCCAGUCUUUCACCAUGGCCUUCAAACAAAUGGAGCAGAUUUCUCAAUUCUUACGUGCAGCCGAGAAGUACGGCAUCCUGGCGUCGGACAUUUUCCAAACGGUGGAUUUGUGGGAAGGGAAGAACAUGGCCUGCGUUCAGAGGACCCUGAUGAACCUGGGCGGUUUGGCAGUCUCCAAAGACGACGGCUUCUUCGUGGGAGACCCCAACUGGUUCCCCAAGUAAGUGGGCUUGUCAGCCAGGUUCCUGU